AUGACAGAGAAGACUGAAUUCAUAUUUUACGUUGCACAAUUGACUCACAUAAACGAACCGGUUACAUUUGUCAAACAUUUUAAUGAUACGUGUUCAUGUAAAGAACUCGUAUUGUUAAUGAAAAACAUGCGAAUUCGAGUGAUUUUACCUGCUGAUAAUGUUAUUGUAGAAACUAUCAACGCCCUAGUAGAACAACCUCAAAUAUCCGUCUUGUUUAUCUAUCGUACCAAAACAACACGUGAUAUUAUUUGGAAGCAAUGUCGUGAUCUUUCAAUAAAGUAUCCAAAAAUUCGUUGGUUAAUUCAUGAACAGAGCUUGAAAUCCCUUUUAAUCACUGAGAUCGCCUCAAUUUACAAUCAGCAACACAAUGGAACGGUUUUUAAAUCGUGUUUGGAUCAAUUAAGACAAGAAACUAGAGUAAAACUACAUUUAGCAGGCAAGUAAGAAGGCUACUCUGUAUAUAUCACACUGAAUCCCAACUACCAUUCUAUUUCAGUUUCAGAGAAUCAACUAACGACAAAUCAUUUAUCGCUUGAAACAGAUAGCAUUUCCAUCCAGCACUCACAGUUUCCAUCUAUUCAAUCUUCAGCUUUCUGGGAGACAGAUAGUGGUGAAAAUUUAACAAAAAACAGUAUCGUCAAUCUUUUUACGGAAUCACAGCAAUGCAACAAUAUCCCAUCUAUCGGUAUAAACUAAACUUGAAACGAAGUGUCAAAAAAGAGAAAUUCUUCUUAUCAUCGAUUUUAGCUAAGACACAAGUCCAAAAAUCAUCUACCCCUGUCUUUACUACAAUAAGAGUAAGUAAUGCACUAGCAAAUCAAAUAAAUGCUUCGCUGUCAUUUUUCAAAUCAUGGAAUAUAUGCUAUCUGAUCUCAACGUCUCUUUUUUAAGUGUCCUGCUGAUGGAGGCUGCGGUUAUGAAGCUGACAACAUAGAUUCUAUAGAAAAAAAAUUUAUUUGUCCUCAAUGCAAUCUCAUUCUACGAGAUCCUGUACAACUGAUCACGUGUGGACAUCGAUUAUGUCAGUCAUGUAUCCCGCAACAAGAAGAGUAAGUCCGAGAUUUCUACUUUCACUAAAAAAUCAAAGUAACGGUGAUGACACUAACCAGUUACCAUAAGUUCGAUCAUUUUCCAUCGUAGACUAUAUUAUCUUUACCAACUAUAACCUAAUUUUUUAAAUUUAUUUUGCAGGAUUAAUUGUCCUAGUUGUUCCGAAAAAACACUGAGUGAUCAAGUAUGCGAACAUACGCAGUGCUGGAAAAAAUUAUCUAUACACCAUGAGCUGCCCAUGAUGUCAAAACUCUUUGGAUUUUUGCAUAUGCAUCAACAUGAAUAUACUUUGUUAAACGUCAUGAAAAUCUGCGAAAGUUCAUCACAUUGAUUUAAAACUAAAUGCAUCUUAUCCAGCUUUUCACGUUCUUUCUCAUGGUAUGUCUAAAACUAAUUCGUAAGUUCUCAUCGCUGAGGAAUAAGAGUCUUCUUAAGAGUUUUGGCAUCGCGGACAGCACAUGGUGGAUAGAUAAUUCUUUCCAGCACUGUAUCUCAUCUGUAUAUUAUCAAAAAUUUACGAUGCACUACUGAUUUUUUAGUUGAUGACUGAUCGAGGUUUUGGAAAAGAGCUGCUUACGUUAUCAAUCGUAUGCAUGAAGAAACAUGAUGGUUGUGAAUGGAACGGUCAGUUACAAAACUAUGAGGUAUCAUGUUAAUGAGAUAAUUCAUGUCACUGUGUAUAUGUGUUAUUGUUUUAAGGUUCAUAUUGAUACGUGUCAUAAAACGAAUAAUAAAUGUCAGUAUUGCAAUGAAAUUUUUCCAACAAUACACGCACUCGAUGUGCAUCAGAAAGAUUUUUGUACAAAAGUUACUCAACUAUGUCCUGUUGCUAAAUAUGGAUGUUCACAAGAAAGAGUAAGUUUUGAGUACAAAAGUGGAGCUAAAAGACGGUAAUCAUAGCUGUCACAUUAUGUGUCUAAGAUAGAGCCCUGUGCGAUCGAGACUGGAAAGAAAUUUCGAGAUCAAGUUCUAUUCCGUUACGUCUAUCCCGCUACGGGACGGGAUUUGGAUUUAAGCUGCCGAACGAGACCAGCAUAUUUAUUUUUUCAAUUUAUUGAAACUAUGUUUCUUUAUCUUUAUCUUUAUUAACAAUAAUUUUCGGAUUUAACGGGAUCAUACUUAAGCCUAGGAGGCGGAAUAGUGAUUGAAAAAAGUAUUUUUUUCCGGCGGAUCGGGUUUUACUCUACGGGACGAAAAGCUGAAUGCUGCAAGGCUCUAGUCUAAGGUAUAAGAUGUCUAAUAUUACGAACUAUAGGGUUCGAUAGACUAUAAGAAAAACAGACGAAUAGUAGCCAAUUGUAUAUGUUACGAAGGCUAUAAACAAACGUAAGAUAGGGUAUUCAUUUCAACAUUCCAUUAUUUAUUUUAUUAUUCGUCGAACUUCGAACGCGUCACGUAGUACAGAACUUGCUAUGAAACAGUAAAGUACAUUAAAUUCUCUCACAAAUUUCUUUAACCACGAACCGUUUUUGCCGCCUUUGAACUGCACAAUUAAAUCGAACACAUGUUCACAGAACGCCCAUCUUGGAACAACGUAUGCGAUCACCACCAGCGCCGUACUUUUCACAAAUUUAAACGACACAAGCAAUAUUUGAUGAUGCUUAUGUUUGCAGGAGAUCAUAUUUACCACUUUCAAUACUGCAUCCCCAAACUGUUGCGACAAAGUAGUAGAACAAUUAGACGGACAGCAACGAUGAAAUUUCAAGAGAAUUGGAGAACGUCCGAAUUAAACAUGCGAAAUGCAUUAUAAUUUUAGUUGAUCGUCUUCGUAUUGCCAUAUGUCGACCACUUUUAAAAAGGACGAUAUCACUGAGUAAUGAAUACGAUUCGUUUAAUCUCAAUUCGUUUAAUUGUACUCUCUAAAAAAAAAACACUGUUGGAUAGUAACAGUACAAUAGGUUCAAGCCGAAAAACGGUUCUGCCUCGCACCUUUUUUUUCUUUCGGAUAAAAGCUUCUAACCACAAACGUUUCAGUACCAUUCAAGCGGUUAGAUGUCGAGAAGAGGCUUCAUCUCUUAAGAGAGACUUUCUGACAGCAUCAAGGAUGGUCAUAACCUGAUGAAAUUUUUUUUUGUUUGAAGCUUACACCAUUCGAUUCGCCGUGAAAAACUGUGGUUAUGAAAAAAAUUUUAGACGCCAAAACCUUUUCCACGCUGAGAUAUUCCAUUUUUACUGCAAACAGG